GUUCGUGCGAGCAACUGCAAUUAUUCCGAUCGCACCGCGUUGAGAUGUCGUCGGACACCGGCGCCAGUAGAUUAGUUGCUCUCACGUCCGAGUAAAUUUUUUCUUUAAUUUUUGCACAUCCGUCCCUCCUCCCGCACACCAAGUGCUAUCAGUCAAAAAACGAUCAUCAGUCCAUCGGAAAUCCGCCUGCACUGUAUCGAUUAAAAAUAAGAGCAUUAAUCGUGUUUUACGCUUUAUCGUGAUGAUGCAGUAAAAUUAUUAUAUUGUAUAUGAUUAACGCGCGCACGUUUACGAUAACGAUAAAACCGUCUAAUAUCCGUCCAUCCACCAACGUAUCGCGAAAUCAGUGACAAAACUGUUGUAGCUAUUAGUCAUUAUAUUAAAGUUGGGAAUUUUUUCCUCGCACAUCGUCAACCGCAGUGGUUACCUUAGCGCGAUACUACACCGGUAUUGUAAUAAUAAUAUAUUAUAAUAAUUGUACAUAAUAUCGACGACGACGACGACGACGACGUGACGACAAUAUCGUACAACAAUGACUGUUACUUAUACAGCAGAGGUGGCCACGUGCAGAGGUUUUGGAUGUUUUCUCAAAUUACUCAUAAGGUGGCGGGGAAGUAUAUACAAGUUAGUGUGGCCUGACUUAGCAGCAUUCCUGUUUUGUUAUUAUACUUUGAAUUUGACUUAUCGCUUUGUAUUAAAUCAACAGCAAAAACGAAUAUUCGAAAGCAUAUCGGAUUAUUGUGAAACAUACAGCGACUUAAUACCGUUGUCCUUUGUGCUGGGAUUCUAUAUAUCCAUAAUAAUGCAACGAUGGUGGGAUCAAUAUUGUUCGAUUCCAUGGCCUGAUCCUAUAGCAGUUUACGUGAGUUCGCAUAUUCAUGGACAGGACGAAAGAGGGAGAUUGAUGAGACGAACGAUCAUGCGGUAUGUCUGUUUGGGUCUGACUAUGGUAUUCUCUAAUAUCAGCCCUAGAGUAAAGAAGCGUUUUCCCACACUGGACCAUUUUGUUGAAGCGGGAUUGUUGUUGGAAAACGAAAAAACAAUCGUGUUGGAUUUAAAUGAAAAAUUUCCCAGACACUCCAAACACUGGUUGCCGGUCGUGUGGGCGGCGAGCAUAGUGACUCGAGCCAGAAAAGAAGGACGGAUCCGCGACGAUUUCGCGGUAAAAACGAUAAUUGACGAGUUGAACAAAUUUCGCGGUCAAUGCGGUUUGUUACUCAACUACGAUUCAAUAAGCGUACCUCUCGUUUAUACGCAGGUCGUAACAUUGGCCGUUUAUUCAUUUUUUAUUACAACUGUAAUGGGAAGACAAUGGCUAGAUAAACCAGUGGCGCAGUUGGCAAAUCUUAGACAACAAACGGAAUCUAGUCCGGCAAAUUAUAACUAUAUUGAUUUAUAUUUUCCAGUAUUUACUACUUUACAGUUUUUCUUUUACAUGGGGUGGUUAAAAGUGGCCGAAUCGUUGAUAAAUCCAUUUGGAGAGGACGACGAUGAUUUUGAAGUCAAUUGGAUCAUUGAUCGCAAUGUUCAAGUUUCGUAUUUAAUUGUGGACGAAAUGCAUCACGAACAUCCAGAGUUAAUCAGGGAUCAGUAUUGGGAUCAGGUGUUCCCGACAGAAUUGCCAUAUACUGUAGCUGCCGGAGAACGUGAACGGCAUCCCGAACCAUCGACAGCCAAUAUAGCUGUGUCAGAUGCAGACGCUGAAUAUUCACUGCCACCAAAAUGCUCCGAAGAUGGACAACCCAUAGACGAUGACGACGCGAACAGCGGCAUACACUUCGUAGCGACAGGCGGCAGCUACAAGAGGUCAAACAGUCAGCUGCGCGGCCGUCCCAUUUCGUCGCACAGCUCCAACGAUCAUCACCACCACCUCAACAACCAGAGCGUGGCUAGUUCGUUAAACCGCGUAGGUUCGGUCACCUCCAUAUUGAAAAAUCUGUUCAAACGCACCGGUGGUACCUCAGCCCAGUCGGGUGGCGACGGACUUUUGUCAAGGGUAUCAAGCAGCAACAGAUUUCCAGGCAGUAGCUGGCAGAGUCAAGAAAGUUUACAGAGUAGUAGUAGUAAAUUACUACAACAGCAGUUUGGUAGUGUACGAAUCGCCGAUCAGGUGAUCGAGGAACUAGACGAACAAAUGACAAUCACAGCGGGAGGUCGGCUAGAGAGGCGCAACGAGAAACCAAACGUGCGCACCGUAUUUCCGCCUCAACCGCCACUGCCCAACGACUCAGCAUCAUCAAAUUUAUCAAAUAUCACUUACACAGAAGUGUUAUCAACUAACGAUGAUUUUGGCUAUCAAGAUGGAAAACAAGAGGAUACAUUGAUGCGCAGCGACAGUGACAGCAGUAACCGCCACACGCCCAGUACUUCUAGUUUGUUGUUUGUUGUCGAACCAGUGGUAAGCCAAUCUGCUACUGCAAACAACGAUGCGCCCAACAGUAGGACUUCGUCAGUCACUUACGAUUAUGAAACAUCUAGACGGACACCAGACCAUCAUGACUAGUAUUUUAUUGAUUUAUUGAUUAUGUUAAUCUCAAUUUUAUUUAGAAUAUACACAUUCUGUUAAAACAAUAAA